CCUCACAAGUUUAUACGAAGGCAUAAAAAUCUGAUUCAGAUGCCUUCAACCAAAGAAGCCCUUUCAAAUGAAGAAGGCGGAAAUUGGAGAAACGAGUUGCUUGAAGGAUCUCUAAGGCUUGUGGAUCUAUGUGGAAUUUCUAGAGAGAUCGUCUGUUUGACCAAGGAAUCUAUUCAAGAGCUCGAAUCUUCUAUUAGGAGAAAAUCAGAUGACAUCAUCGCUUACGCGGCGUCGAGAAAGAAGAUCAAUAAAAUGGUCAUCAAUAAUUUGAAGAGCUUCAAUCACAAGUCAACAACAGCAAUCCCAUGCGAUCAAACGGUCAUUGGGAAAAUGCUAACAGAAACAGAAGCCCUUGUUUUAUCUGUCCUAAAAUCCGUAUUGAUGCUCGUUUCUGGUGCAAAAGGGAGAUCGAAGCCAAAGAGUUGGUCAUUGUUUUCCAAGUUUUCUCAAACGAGCUGCAUGCAUAGUGAAUUAGAGCAAGAAAGUGGUUCCGAUGAGUUGUGUUUUUCGAGAAAAGGAAUUGAUAAUCUCAGUUUGAAGCAGCUGAAAGCAUCGGAAAUGAAAAUCGAGGAAAUUGAAGAGGGAUUGGAAGACUUGUUUAGAAGUUUAGUGAAAACUAGAGUUUCUCUACUUAAUGUUCUCUGCUAAUUAGCCUCUUUUGCUUGAGCUGAUAUUCGACACUUGUAAUUAUCUAACUAACUACAGAGUUCUAUAUAUAAAUCUUCAAACC